GAGGGCGACGUCUUCUCGUGGGGACGCGGAUUUAAUGGCGAGACUGGGCUUUUCGAGCAGGUGGAGUCCGUCCCCCGGUUCGCGCCUUUGGUGACGAAGUUCCGGGUAGUGAAGGUGGCGCGGCAUGAAACAUCUACGGUGAGCUGCGGCGACGCCCACGUCCUCGCCGUGACGGACCGCCAGGGGGCGGGGCAGGAGAACCAGCAGUGCAUCUCCUGGGGCUCGAACACAUGCGGGCAGCUUGGCAUCGGCUGCAAGUCGAAGCCGACGUACAAGCCGCAGCUUCUAGACUCCAUCCCUUCGCUAAUCAAGGAGGCUUCCGCGGGCUGGGCCCACUCGGUCGCAGUAGGCACCGACGGGCGAGUGUACAGCUGGGGGCUCAACUCCCACGGCCAGCUCGGCCUCGGCGACGUGGCACCGAGGCUGGCGCCGCACCUCCUGCACGACCUCGUGGGCGUGCACCAGGUGGAGUCGGCCCACGCGGCGCGGACGCUGACGGCGUUCCUGACGGCGGAGAAGCGCCCGCUGCUGUGCGGGCAGAUCCCCUUCGGGCCCAGCGCGAAGCACAACGUCGAGUUUCAUCCCAGGCGGCCUGCCUCCAGGGACCCAGCAGGGUGCGUGCUCGCCCCCGUGCCCCUCACCAUCGCCGCGCCGGACCCCAGCGGCGUCAAGUCGCAGCUGACUCAGGUCAUGGCUUACGAUCGGGGCGUGGUCGCGUUCGCUCGGAGUGCCGUCCACAAGGCGGCCACCGGGGCGAGGUCCCACAAUCCCACGGGCGGGGUGCGCGUUCACGUCAACGGGCUUCCCUACUCCCCGCCGGGCCGCACGCAGUCGGUGGACUCCAUGACGACCUCGGUAAUGUUGGCGGACUACAUACCCGUCAAGGUGCGGCUGAAGUCGAGCUCGCCCCUCUGCGACUUUAUCGUGCCGGGGAGAAUCGUUGACGUGGACACCCUGGAGUUUACGACGCCGCCCGUUGUGCACUCGCCGCUGGGCUCCGUGGUGAGCCAGGGAAUCACGUCUGCCGUGGAGGUCCGCGUCUCCGUCGACAACGGCUUGACGUGGAGCCGAGCUCCCGAGCGGGCCGCCCCGCAGAAGAGCCUCCAGGGCAAGACGAAGCCGAUCGACCACGCCCUGCAGCAGGGCCUGCAGGGCCUGUUGGGCCAGUCGGCGGCGGCGCGCCAAGCCCGAGACGUGCACAAGGCGGAGUCGGCGCUGCUCUGGUACAGCCGGUGGCCAGAGGACGGCCCGACGCACGCGGAGCCGAGGUGCGUGCCGGUGGCGGGUGGCGCGGAGCUGCUGCUCCACGUGGCCCUCCCCCCGCAGAUGCCGGCCGAGCACCUCCUUGCGAGGUUCGUGUGCACGCCGCUGCAGUCGAUCGGCGACCCCGCGUUGGAGGGCGGCGCGCCCACUCGCCGGGCGGCGGCUGAGAUGGUGAAUCCCGACCAGGACGCGGUGGCCAAGCUGCCCCUGGCCAUGCCCCUGAAGGUUCCGGUGGUCGCCUGGCUGGACGCGGGAGGCCAGGGGGUGCGCGUGGUCUCGCCGCCGCUGGACGCCGAGAACAUCAGGUUCUACGACUACUCGGUCGAGCUGUCUUUGGACGGCCGGACCUUCCUGCCUCACGCGCUGCCCCUGAGCGUUUACGACCUCAGCGUGACCGCCUUGGAGCCGAGCACGGGGUCGCUGCUGGAGCAGACGGAGGUGAAGGUGCGGUGCACUGGCCUCGUGCAGUCCGACAUCCACUGGGUGCAACUUGACUUUCCCCCCGAGCUAGGCUGGAAGCGGAGACAGCUGCCAGCGAGUCUCGACCUCACCACGGGGGAGGUGUCGUUCACGAUGCCGGACCUCGCGGCCGAGGCCCGGGAGCUUGCUGACGCGGCGAUAAAGGCGAGCAGGGCGGAGGAGGAGGAGGAGGAGGCCGCCCGCAGGGCCAGCGGGGCCAGCGGCGCAGAGGACGCCGCAGCGCCGGCGCCUGCCGCGGCGGACCCCUACGGCGGCCUCGUCGGCGUGGAGGUCUCCGUAGAGCUGUCGCUGAACGGGCAGAACUUCACGCAUGACGGCGUCACCUUCACCUUCCACGGGCCGCCUGAGCCCGUCGCGGAGGAGGAGCCGCCUGCUGAGGAGGUACCAGCAGAGCCGAAGGCCAAAGGCAGCAAGAAGAAGGCCACCCAGGAGGAGCCGAAGCCUGCCACACCCGUGGAGCCGAAGCCGGUCCCGCCUCCGGAGCUGAAGCCGUCCGUCUCCGCCGCCGCGGUGAGGGCCGACCUGACAGUCAAGGCCGUCCGGUCGGAGCUGGACAGGGAGAAGCUGCGGGAGGUCCCCCCCUUCCCGUUCUUCGGCAAGCCCAUGUGCUUCCAGGACGAGUUCGCGGCACUGCAGGUCACCCAGGACGGCCGCUUCUGCUUCUCGGCCCUGACCUUCGACCACAACGCGCCCGCCCCCGACAAGCGCCAGAGGGAGGGCGCCAGGAGCAAGGAGCCGGCCCGGGGCAGCACGUCCGGCGGCCAGCAGGGUGCGGCCGACCUCCAGCAGUCGCCGCCGCCCGCGCCAGCCAAGGAGCAGCGCGUGGUGACCUACGAGGGCGUCUUCCAGGCCGCCCCCGACCCCGAGGCCUGGCAGGCCCAGUUGGCCGCGGCGGACCCAGACAAAGGCAAGGACAGGAACAAGGACACGACGAUGGCCGGCCAGAGGAACUCGAAGGAGAGUGUCAGCCAGAAGGAGCUGAGGUCCAGUCCGCAGGAGCACCAGGUGGCCUCGGUGAUCGGGUUCGCCACCGUGCGCUACGAGAUGGAGGCGUUGACGGGCACCUCGCGCCCCAUCAGCGUGGAGCGGGGGGAGUGGAGAUUCGCCAUCACCGUCUACCCCGACUUCGAGCCGACCGGGGUCACGGUUCUGCCGAUCGGCAGCACGGGCAAGCCCAGUGCGCCGGGCAAGAUGGCGCCCAGGAAGCGGCAGCUGCCCUACGUCGGGCCCUACGGCUGCAGGUGGGAGCAGCAUUGGGGAUGGGACGCCGCGAAAGCAGAGCGGGCUCGCCCGCGGUCCGUCGUCCUGGGCCCGCUGGCGCGCACGCCCAAGAAGCCGCCGGAGAGGCCCCCGCCGCGCAGAACCGUCUUCGGGGACCCGGGUGGCGCCCAGCCCGACGACGGCGUCUCCGCGGCGCUCCGGAGGCUGGAGCUCUCCGCGUCGGCGUCCGCCCCGCAGCUCCGGAAGCCCGCGGACGCGGCCCAAGAGGACAGGUGGCUCUCCAACGGGAGCCUGCUCGACGGCCCCCCCAGGCGGACGGAGGCGAAAAAGACACAGGAGGAGAAGGAGUUCUACCGCCAGCGGGAGCGCGACCUGCUGUGGUCUGGCGACGUCCGGUGAGGACCCAGCCCGGGCCACCUGGAUCCGGCCAGUGUCUUGCCUCGUCCUUCUCGGUUCUCGUGCUGGACCUGUAUACCCUAUGCUCGAUUCGCCCACGUACCUCGUCUGCUCCAUCUCCCAAGCCACGUUGCGCUCUCUCGCGGCCUGGAGCUCUGUUCGAGCGGCGGUCUGCUGACUCCGCCGGGCCUUCACCACGGGCCCGCACGCACGCGACCUCUAGCUUCGAGCGCACGGGCCUGCGCCGGCCGCUCCCGAAGGAGGCCGGGGCAGGGCACGUGCGGCGGUUUCGGGGUCUCACCCCCCCCGCUGCCUCCUUCUGGCGGAGUGCGGUGCGGUUCGCCCGCGGCCCGGUCAGAAA